AUGGCGGGGCAGGCGGCUGCGGCGGGCGGCUGGGGCCGGAGCCGGGGCGCGGUGCUGCUGCUCUUCUUCUCGCUCUCCCGCCGCCCGCCCGCCGGGGCCGCCUGGCUGCUGGGGCUGCGGCCCGAGGACACGGCCCCGGGCCGGGUCUCGCUGGAGGCCGGCGCGCUGGGGGCGGUCGAGGGGGCCAGUUUCCUGCUGCGCCUCUACUUCCAGCCGCCGGCCGAGGGGAACGGCAGCCGCGGGCCGCCCGGCGCGGAGAGCGAGCCCCGCCUGGUCUUCAUCGAGGAGCCGGCGGCGGGAGCGGGCCCGGCGCCCGGGGAGCGCUGCCCGCAGCAGAGCGCCUGGGCCUCGGACGUGGAGGUGCUGGGCCCGCUGCAGCCGGGCGGCUCGGCCGGCUCCGCCCUGGUGCGGGUGCGGGUGCGGGAGCCGCGCAAGGGGGAGCCCGGCGCCGGGCCGCGCGGGCGGCUCUUCUCGCUCUGCGCCUGGGACGGGCGCGCCUGGCAGCACCACGGCGCGGCGGGCGGCUUCCUGCUGCGGGUGCGGCGGGCGGCGCGGGCGCCCUGGCUGCUCGGGCCGCUGCCGGAGGCGGGCUGGCUCCGGGCCCUGGGGGCGCUGCUCCUGCUGGCGCUGUCGGCGCUGUUCAGCGGCCUGCGCCUGGCGCUGCUGUCGCUGGACCCGCUGGAGCUCCGCGUGCUGCGCAACAGCGGCUCGGCCGCGGAGCAGGAGCAGGCGCGCCGCGUGCAGGCGGUGCGGGGCCACGGCGGCACCUACCUGCUCUGCACCCUGCUGCUAGGCCAGGCCGGGGCCAACGCGGCGCUGGCCGGCUGGCUGUGCGCAUCCCUGCCCGGCCAGGGGCCGGCGCUGGCCGGCUGGGUGCAGGGCGUGCCCUGGCUGCCCGUCCUGCUGUGCACCGGCGCCGUCUUCCUGGGCGGCGAGGUGCUGCCCUACUCGGUGUGUUCCCGGCACGGGCUGGCCAUCGCCUCGCACACGCUCUGCCUCACCCGCCUGCUGAUGGCCGCCACCUUCCCGCUCUGCUACCCGCUGAGCCGCCUGCUGGACUGGGCGCUGCGCCAGGAGCUCAGCACCUUCUCCACCCGCGAGCGCCUGCUGGAGACGCUGCGCGCCGCCGACCCGCACAGCGACCUGGUGCGGGAGGAGCUGGCCAUGGUGCAGGGCGCGCUGGAGCUGCGCACCAAGGCGGUGGAGGACGUGCUCACCCCGCUGGCCGACUGCUUCCUGCUGCGCUCCGACGCCGUGCUGGACUUCGCCACCGUCUCCGAGAUCCUGCGCUCCGGCUACACCCGCAUCCCGGUCUACGAGGGCGACCGGCGGGACAACAUCGUGGACCUGCUCUUCGUCAAGGACCUGGCCUUCGUGGACCCCGACGACUGCACCCCGCUGCAGACCGUCACCCGCUUCUACCGCCGGCCGCUGCACUGGGUCUUCAGCGACAGCCGCCUGGACACGCUGCUGGAGGAGUUCAAGAAGGGUUGCAGUUUGUGGUCUCAGUUAGAAGAGAGAAGAGUAACUCCUGGUCUUCUCUUUUCCAGCUCAAGGGGCUUUCUCCUAGGCCAGAAGCAUGGGUAAGACAGAGGGAAGGCAGUCAGUCAGUCUCUCUCGAAGUGAGUGGCUGUGUUCACACUGCAGAAGAUUUGUCAAAUUAAAAUUUGGUGUGUUCAACUUGGCACACAUUUUCCAUUUAGCUAAGAAGUUAUAAAUCUCUGUAGACAAACACUACCCCAGAGUAACUGAUAUUUCAGCAAUCAGCACAUGUAAACAAAGAACAAGACCCAGAGUGUUUUAGAAUUUCUUGCAAAAGGGAUACAAAGAAAAAUGAGACAAUCCAGUGAAGAAAAUUGCCAAAGGAGUGAUUUUUUAACUCUUCUUUUUGUCUCUGUAUGGAGUCAUUUUUCAUCAAACCACUGUGAAAAUUUUAAAUUGUGCUCAAAUUUUAUAUUUUUUGUUUUUGUUUUUGCCAUUUCAGUGAGAUUUUUACAAAAUAAAGAUUUUCAAUUGAAAACUGAACUCUGUGAUACAACCUUAAGUAUGAGGGAGCUUUUGCUGCAUGUGCCAUAAUUAAAUUGAUUGAAUCUCCUUGGGGGAGGGAAUCAUAAAACGCCCUAGAACUGUGACAUUAGGCUUUAUAAAGGGGAUGGUUUUAAAAAAAGCUAGGCAAGAAGAUUAAAGGGAAGAAAUUAAGAUCUUUAUGAAUCUAAAAGAAUCUAAAAUUGAGAAGAAAGCUAACUAAUCAAAUGGCGUCCCUGAACAAAGAAGGAAAUGGGCAGAUGAAGGGGAGGGAGCAAAUUGGAUAUAUGGCAAGGCAAGGGGUAUCCGUCAAGAAAUGGAAAUCCAGCCCAACUGAAGCCAAAAGAAUGGACCAGGUAAAAGGAGGAAUUGGGAAGCUUGGAAGAGCAGCUAGCCAGAGACGUAAGUAACUUGCUUUAAGUAUAUCAGCAAGAAGAGGCCUCAGAGAAUGAGUGGGUCUGCUGGACUUUCAGGCAGUAAAGCAUAGCUGAAGAGAAGGACAUUGUGGGGAAGCUAGACAAUUUCUCUGCCUCAGACUCCCCUGUGAGGAGAGACUGAAAAGAUUAGGACUGUUUACAGAGGAGCCAAAGGGCAUGUACACAAUAUAACUUAUGUCGCUCGGGGGUAUGAAUAAGCCAGCCCCCGAGCGACGUAAGUUACGCUGACCUAAGCGCCGGUGUGGACAGUGCUAUGUUGAUGGGAGAGCUUCUCCCGCUGACAUAGCUACCGCCGCUCACAGAGGUGGAUUUAUUAUGCUGACAGGAGAGCUCUCUCCCGUCAGGAUAGUGUCUCCCCCAGACGCGCUACAGCAGUGUCACUGCAUUGGUUAGGGUUGCCAACAUUCUAA